GCGAGCGCUGGUGCUGGGAACGAGUUUGCUGCUGUUUGCGAGUGUGUGCAUGUGUGUGUGAGCGUUCGCGCGCGUGUUUGUGGAUAACCGAAAGCGGAAGCGGAAGCGAGAGAGCGACCGAGCGAGUGAAGUUUGGUGGCGAGCGAGAGAGCGAGAGCGGUGCAUCGAGAAAGCAGAAGCAGUAGAGAGAGAGAGAGAGAGGGAGAGGAAAAAACAAGUGCUCGUCGUGUACCUUGUGCGGUGCUCGAAGGAUCAAAGAUCGAUUGCCUGCCUGGCCCAGUAAUACGGGCGUGUGUGUGUUGUGUGGCCGUGUGUGAGAGAGUGUGUGUGAGUGUUUGUGAAGAAAAGCUGCGAACCAGCACAGGUGCGAUCGUCGCGCGCGCGUUCGACAGGACUGAACGGACCACUGCCAAUUCAGAGUCAGCACAGCAUUAGACAGAGUCAGCAGCAGCAGCAGCAGCAGCAGCCAUGGCCGACAAAAAGGUAGCGGAACAGUACUAUGCCCCGCCGCCCAAGCUGGGCAAAUGGGAAGGAUUUAGGACGUUCCUGUGGAACAGCGAAACCAGCCAAUGCCUUGGCCGCACCGGAUCGAGCUGGGCGAAAAUCCUCUUCUUCUAUGUGUGCUUUUAUGCUGCCCUGGUCGGAUUCUUUGCCGCGAUGCUGGCCGUGUUCUGGCAGACGCUCGACAUGCAGAUGCCUAAAUAUCAGCUUGACAGUUCGCUGAUUGGAUCGAAUCCAGGUCUGGGCUUUCGACCAACACCGCCAGAGUACCAGAAUGUGGAGAGCUCGUUAAUCUGGUACAAAGCUUCCGACAAUGGAAACGUUGGGAUCUGGACCAAACUAAUCGAUGAUUUUCUGGAGCCUUACACGCUAGAGGAAGACAACCGCGUCGAUUGCUCGUUCGACAAUCCGCCGCCGGAGGGCAAGGUUUGCAAAGUUCCUAUGACUAACUGGUCUCCGUGCGUCAAGGAAAAUCAAUACAACUUUAAAAAGAAGAGCCCGUGCAUAUUCUUGAAGCUGAACAAGAUCUAUAACUGGGUCCCAGAUAUGUACAAUACCUCGACCAACUUGCCGGAGAAAAUGCCCGAUGAUCUGAAGGAGCACAUCCGCGGAGAGGAAGCCCGAGGAAACAAGAACACCAACGUGGUUUGGGUCUCCUGCUCCGGUGAAAAUCCUGCCGAUAAUGAGCACAUCGGUGCCAUUCAGUACAUCCCGCGUCGCGGAUUCCCUGGAUACUUCUUCCCGUACAAGAACGUUGAUGGAUAUCUGCCACCAGUAGUAGCAGUCUACUUCGAAAAACCAAGAGA